CAGUUCUCAAUUAGAAUGUCGCAAUUGCUUUGGCUGUUACCACUGCUGCUGUUGCAGCUAUCAUGGCCCACCGGUGCCCAACUGGCUAACCCAGUGCUUAAAUUCCAAAUGAAUCUGCUGCAGGAGCAACUGGCCACACUCUGUCGCACAAUCAUCAAUCGCACUGGGGAUCAAUCCAAGGUCCUGCCAGAAAUGGCGCGCAUGAGUUUCGUUCUGCAAUUGGAUGCUUGCAGCAAUGUUAGUGUGCCGCUUAACCGUGCCGAUGAGCUGUUCACCACGUCCGGCUUCUCGCUGAAUAGAAAAACGGUCAUCUUCAUCACCGGCUGGGGCACAACCAUCGAAAGAUCCAACAGCGGACCAGUAGCCAAGGCAUUUGCCUGCCGCAAUGACACCAACUUUAUAAUACUAGACGCCGCACACUUUAUACGCACUUUCUAUAGCUGGGCAGUUCUCAACACCGAUACCAUUGGACGUUAUGUGGCCAAGGCAUUGAUUAAGCUGGACUCAAACUAUGUGACCAAGAACGUGCAUCUGAUUGGACACAGUUUGGGGGCACAAAUCGCUGGCUCUGCGGCCAGAUAUUAUAAGCAGCUGAGUGGAUUGCAGCUGUCGCGAGUCACCGGACUUGAUCCGGCCAAUCCGUGUUUCUACGAUGGCAAAGAGCUGCCCGGCACACGCAGUGGCGACGCCAAGUACGUGGACAUUAUCAUCUCGAAUCCGGGCUUGGCCGGAACCUCCGAUGAAGCGGGCGAUGCGAACUUCUUUGUCGAGGGUCUGCAACCCAUCAAGAAGGGCUGCACUGGCCUGGAUGCCAUCGGCUGUUCACAUCAGCGUGCUGUUGAUUACUUUACGGAAUCCGUCUAUCCGAAUAACACGCAAAACUUCAGAGGAAAUUACUGUGCCGCCUACGCUAGCCUCUGGACUGGCCGAGCUUGCAGCAAUGUGAGAACAGCGAUCAUGGGCUAUGCGGCCUCACGAUCGGGUCUCUUCUAUGUGGAAGUGAAUCAAGAGGAACCCUUCGGAAAAGAAGCGAAUCUGGACACGUUUACGCCCACCAAUAGUGCCUGCGGUGCUUGCAAUCCCAAUCUCUAAGCUCGCUUAAGUGAAUACUGUAGUGCAAUUGUUGCCACAAUAAACAGAAGCGAACAUUGAUUAAACGAA